GUAAGCAGCAAUGCCACGUAAGCAGCAGUGCCACGUCAGCAACAUGACAGGCCUGCCAGGCCAACUGGCCAAUGAGACCAUUGCCGCCUACAAGCAGCGUUGCCUGGCUCAGAUAGAGGCUGAGGAACAACGCCUGCUGGCAGUCGAGGCUGCCCGCAUACAAGCUGAAGAGGCAGCAGCAGCAGAGAAACUGCGGCUACAGGCCGAUGCAGAAGCAGAUGCCCAGGAUCGCCGAAAGGAAGCCCAGGAUCUGCUGCAGCGGCAUGAAGCCGACAGCAUCGACAGACUCAAGUACUGGCAUUUUCAACUGAACGGCGACGACGCAACACCGAAAGAAAAGCACAAGGAGUUCCUCUCCAAACUCGUGACGCGGUUGUUGUAUGCUUGCAACUACCAAAGGUUAGAGUUGGAGAGACAGCACCAGGACCUGACGCAACAGCAUCAGGAGUUGGCGAGGCUCCGCCGCACAGUGCAGAGCCACGAGGAUGCAACUCGGACACUCAAUGCCCGAUUGUUGGACCUGGAACAGGCUGUACCAGGACCAGCUGCUGGAGCUUCCAGCAGUGCACCCUCAAGCCGCCAACUGGAGGACCGCGUUGACCACGUAGUGGCAAUGCUCGGCGACAUCAGCACCUUCGCUGCGCCGACCACCACCAUCAGCAAUCAGCUGCAUACAUUGAAGACCGAGGUCCAGAAGCUGCAGUCGACAAACGCGGACGACAAUCCGAAGAUGUACAAGAUGCCAACUUUCAACCUGGAGAGGUUCGACGACUACGCAGCAGGAUUUCGUCCUCUGGUGGGAAGCAUUCACAACGCAACUCAGGAUUCUGCCAGUAGCCAAGCACGCGUACAUCGGCGCCCUGUUCUUGAACUCAAAGGGUGGAUGCCAGACCUGGUUGAGCCACCUGGCAACCUCCCACGGCGUCGACGUACCAGACUUGAAGGACGUAAUCACAUGGGAGGAACUGACACGGCUGUGGAAGAAGCGGUUCAUCGUGGCCGCUGUCCAGCCGCGAAGCACCAACAAGUCCCGCAACAAUGGGAAGGCGAAAUCCGCAUCGCAGGCCGGAAAUGGACAGCCAGGACAGUUUCCAUGGGUCAAGUUUGGCUUGACCGAGGCGGAGUACAAGAUCCGCGGCCGCUACGACAGCUGCUAUUGGUGCAACAGCACCAAGCACAAGACCUCCCUAUGCCAAGAUCAGGGCAAGGAGGAUGUACGACCCCGCCUCAGCUCAGGAAACUGAGCUCCGCGGAAGGUGAGGCGACUCCACCUUCUACUCCGCCAGGUUCGGCCGCCUUGCUAGCGGCCUCCUGCACAUCUGGGGAGGAUGCGAAUGUCGCAAGUCCUCGGUAUACUUACGAGAAUUAUGCUGUCCACUUGGUUCCACCGCUGGACCAACCGCUUCACGUGCAACAGUCCACCACAUGCACGGUUUCAUCACCAUCGGCAACCGAUUCGGCAGCUUCGCCGCAAUCUAUCGCCGGGGAUUCGACGUCAUGGUCAAGACUUGAAGAGCUCGACCCAUUGACGUUCACGAACUUCCAAUGGAUGCCCGUUCCCUCGACCGGACGAUUGCCGAAACCGCAUUGCAACGUGCUUAUGGCACAAUUGCGGGACUACUCGCACACUGCAGUACCAGCUCCGUUGAUGGACGACAGAGCAGAGGUUGUCGACCUUCUCGCGUAUAUCGCGAAGAUCGACCGCGAGUUCAAGACGCAACGGUACGACGACAUCGACGCACCAUUGCUAUACGUACGCAUUCAGAUCGGAGAGGCGACCUGCAGUGCCUUGAUCGACUGCGGAGCAUCUCGCAACUACAUCAGCCAGGACUUCAUGGUACGCGCCGGCCUUGGCCCACGUGUCCGGAGGAAGUCCCAGCCUACGCAAGUCACCCUGGCAGACGGUCAUACGCACAAGUCCAUCGACCGGUGCAUUGACGCCGUCCCAGUGUACUUUGCCCCUCACGCAAGUGAGGCGGUGUCCUUYGACAUUCUGGACACCAAAUUCGAUAUGAUCUUGGGCAUGUCAUGGCUGCGAAGCAAGGAUCACCCGAGAACAAUCCGAACUGAGGCAAUGUUUCAUGAUUCGAUCCGCCUUAAAGCCUUGCUUCCUAUUGUCAUUGCCAUUGUAGCACGUGUGUAGCCCAGCCCAUAAGGGUCAUGCGGACUUGACGUCAUCCCCACCUUCCUCCAAACAUGACUUUUGACUGUGGACAGU